GGUAUUUAAAUUUGGGUUUAUUCACAAAUUGUUAUUAAAAUUUAAAUUAAGUUCUUCGAAAACGUUUCCAGAGCCAUGAAGAGAGGGUAAAAAUGAAUAAAUCAAAGGUGGUGUCCGAGCGUUGUCUCGUUAUUUUGGUAAGCUACGCACCUCAACGGACCGCUUUCAAGCGGAAAGAUGUCCUUACGAGCCCUCGGCACGAGUCUGUUUAGACAUGGUCAGACGGUGGUCCGAGGUAUAUGCAGGAGACACCUUAACACCGGCAUUGUGGAAGCUAGAGCCGUUCCAUCCGGUCCCUCAAGCCAAGCUGUCGUCCCUGCUAGGGUUAUCCCUAAAAAUUUCGCCCUAAGGAGUGUUGGAUUACAAGUUGGGCUUCAUGCCAGAAGGAUUCUUAUCGAUAAUGUACUUAAUCGAGUUACCAACAGUUUGGCAUCUGAAUUACGAAAGAAAGCUGCAAAAAGAAUUCUUUUCGGCGAUUCAGCUCCAUUUUUUGCAUUAGUGGGCGUAAGCUUAGCUUCGGGGACCGGAAUAAUAACAAAAGAGGAAGAAUUAGAAGGCGUUUGCUGGGAGAUACGCGAAGCUGUCUCAAAGAUAAAAUGGAAUUAUCACGACAUCGAUAUCGACGAAAAACGAUUCGAAAACGAUCCAAUCACUUUAAAAGACUUGGAUCUUGAUGAACCCAUCGCUAAAGGGGCUAACGCCGUUGUUUAUAAUGCAAGAAUUAAAAACGAAGGGAAUUGUUCCGAAAUUAAUGAUGAUAACGACGGUGAAAUGAUGGCAAAAUAUCCGUUAGCUUUGAAAAUGAUGUUUAAUUAUGAUAUUCAAAGUAGUGCAAUGGCUAUUUUGAGGGGAAUGUAUCGAGAAACUGUUCCAGCUAGGGUUUAUUAUACCAAUGUUGGGGUUUCUGAUUGGGAAAUUGAUUUAUCUACAAAUAAACGUCAUCUUCCACAACACCCAAAUAUUGUAGCAAUGUUCUCUGUAUUUACUGAUUACAUCCCAGAAUUACAACAAGCAAAAGGUCUUUAUCCAGCUGCUUUACCAAAACGGAUUUACCCCGAUGGAGAAGGUCGAAAUAUGUCCCUUUUUUUGUUGAUGAAACGUUAUAAUUGUAGUCUACAACAAUUUUUAUCUGUGUCUGAUGUUUCCACUCGUACUUCAAUAAUUUUACUCGCCCAAUUAUUGGAAGGAAUAGCUCAUUUAACGGCUCAUAACAUAGCUCAUCGCGAUUUAAAAACAGAUAACCUCCUUUUGGAUACCUCCGAACCUGACGCUCCCGUUUUGGUGAUAAGCGACUUUGGGUGUUGUUUAGCGGAUCGUACUCACGGUUUAUAUCUGCCUUAUACAUGUCAGGACGUGGAUAAAGGUGGAAAUGCUGCUUUGAUGGCGCCGGAAAUUGUAACUCAAACGCCGGGGACUUUUAGCGUUUUGAAUUAUACGAAAUCGGAUGUUUGGGCGGCUGGGACGAUCGCGUAUGAGAUUUUUGGCGGGAUUAAUCCAUUUUAUGGAGGCUUUGGGUUUGAAAAAUUAAAAAGUUGGAAUUAUAAGGAUGAGGAUUUACCGGAUUUACCGGAAAAUGUACCUGGAAUUAUUAAAAGUUUAGUUAAAAAUCUUUUAAUGCGCAAUCCAAAUAAGCGUUUAGAUCCUGAAAUAGCAAGUAAUGUGUGUCAAUUAUUUUUAUGGGCUCCAAGUAGCUGGAUGAAAUCAGGACGGACUAAAAUACCAACAAGUGCUGAGAUUUUAGAAUGGUUAUUAUGUAUGACAACGAAAGUUUUGUGUGAGGGUCGAUGUAAUUCUCCACUAAACAAAACCGUCCCUCAAGAAACGAGCGCUAUUUAUAAAGUUGGAAGGCGAACUUAUCCCGAGUACUUAUUAAUUUCGAGCUUUUUAUGUAGAGCUAAACUUUCUAAUAUCAAAUCUGCUUUAUCCUGGAUACAGAAUAAUGUUUGAUUUGAAACAGUUAAUAAAUUUGAAAGUAAUAAAAUUGUAAGUUAAAGGAUUUAAUUUUGUAAUAAACAAAAUUAUCUUGUUUAAUAAUUACAUUAUUAAUUUUGUUUCUUAAGUGUUUAAUUUAAUCGCAAGUUAUUUAAAAAUCUUAUUAUUAAGGUUAGAAGUUAAUUUCGUUGUACUGGAAGUGAUGUGAUAUGAAAAAGAUGGUUUAAAGUAUGUAAAUAAAUGAUUUUAAUCUUAUCAAAUAGAUUAUGAAAAAAGCAUCUAAAUAAUCUGUAUAUUUUUGGUUGAAGUUAAAAUAAAGUUUAUUUGUCUAAAAAAUUAAA